AUGGAUUCAAUUUUACGUCAAGCAAAAAAGCAAUAUAAACACAAAGAUGUUUUUGCACCCAGAUUUGCUGUUAAUUUGUCUACUACGAUUAAUAAUGUGCUUGAUUGUGAUCCUACUGACAGAGUAUUUUUUAAAUUUUUCUUUAAAUUUUGCCAAAUUUUGCAAAAAUGAAAUAUUUUCUGGGUUAUUUUUCUGAUGGUUUUUUGCAGGUUAUUUUAGAAAGAUGGAAUAAUUUGUACUGAAAAGCUGCCAUUCUUUUUUACAAUUAGCUUUUGGCCUUUUUUGAGAAUUUUUUGGUUGAGAAAAAUUUUCCCUAUUUUUUCUGUUUUGGUCGAAGACAGGUCCAUUUGUGGUUGUUCCCAAUUUAUUUUUUGUCUGUUUCUAUUUGAUUUUUCAAUUUAUCUCCUAAAUAUUCCGCAAUUUUUUUAGUUGAAAGUUGUUCGUGUUGUUAAUUUAUGGCAAGCUCAUCAAAUCUUUGCUGAUGAUGUAAUUGAACCAAUAUUAAAUAAAUGUCAAGCAUCUGGAUUAGACGUUGAACCAGCAAAAGUCGAGCGCUUAGUUAAAGGUGAAAAAGCAGAUAUGCAACUUUAUCAACAAUCA